AGGGCUCCGUUUCAACUGCCGAUUUAUACUUCUGUUACAAAUUUCAACCCAUGGGAAAUUAUAACCAAUGAAAAAUGUCUGAACUCAGACAAGGGAAAGGAUUCUUCUUCGCAACUGUCUGCAUGAUUUCUUUUUGACCACAAACGCACCCCUUGACCUUCUAGAUCGCCCCAUCGUUGCUCUUUAUAAAACACCAUUCACAUCCAUCGCCUCCACAACAGCCGCCGCCACCCACCACCACAAUUCCUCCUCCUUUAUACAAGGAAACGAAACAGGAAGAAGAAUGCCUCCUUUUGCCACAACCUUGUCCUCUCAAAAUGACCACUUUAAUCGCUCUCGGGGCAUUAGUCCACAAUCAGAUGUUAUCACCAUUGAUGUUGGUGGCCAACUCUUUCAGACCACAAAACAAACCUUGGCUCUAGCUGGAUCAAAAUCGCUCUUCUUCCAAUUUGCUCACUCUACUCAAGUGGGUCUUGGUCCUCAGUUCAUCGACAGAGACCCUGAGUUGUUCUCUAUCCUUCUCUCUCUGUUGAGAACAGGGAAUCUCCCUUCAAAGGCUAAAGCUUUUGAUCUUGAAGAUUUGAUUGCAGAGUCCAAAUUUUAUAAUAUUGAGUCCCUGUUAAUUAACUCUUUAUCAAAUCCUUCUCUAUUUGAUGCUUUCAACCUCGAAAAGUCGCUAACUUUGCCCCUGAACGGCCGAGAUUUCGCUUCUGCCAUGGCAACGACGUCGUUUGGGACCCUGCACGUCGCUCACGGUAGCAAAAUAACGUCUUUCGAUUGGGCCUUGCGCAGGAAGUCAACGAUACUCACCCAGUUCACGGCGAUCGAUUCUCUCUUGGCGAUUUCCCCAACUAUAGCAGCCGCGGGAGCGACCGAUUUCUCGGGAAUGCAAAUUCUCGAUCUCGAAAAGGGUUUUGUUAGGGAAACAUUGUGUUGGGAAAACGUGACGCGAUCUAGCUCUACGGUUCAGGCAAUUGGGUCGUCUCCAGAUUUCUUGUUCACAAGUUUUGAGUCAGGUCGCAGGAACUCAAACUCGAUCAUGGUCUAUGAUUUGCAAUCAUUUUCACCAGUAACCGAGAUUGCACACUGCGAGAUAUAUGGUGCAGAACUUGACUCGGCCAUUCCAGCCACAAAAUUGAAGUGGGUAGAGAGUUAUAAAGUGGUAAUGGCAUCUGGUUCUCAUAGCGGACCCUCUGGUAUGUUGGGAAAUGUGAAAUUGUGGGAUAUAAGGUCAGGAAAUGUAAUUUGGGAAUUGAAAGAGAGAGUUGAUUGUUUCUCUGAUAUUACUGUUUCAGAUAGUUUGUCAGCUAUCUUUAAAGUUGGCGUGAAUUCAGGAGAGGUCUUUUAUACAGAUUUAAGAAAGUUGGGUGAUAUGGAUAGUAAUCCUUGGAUUUGCUUGGGUGAUAAGAGGAAAAUGCUAAAUGUUAAGAAAGAAGGAGUUGGUUGCAAGAUUGAAGCUCACGGAAAUCAAGUAUUUUGUAGUAAAGGAGGAGAUGUUGAGCUUUGGUCUGAGGUUGCCAUGAAUUCUUCCAAGAAAAGCGAAGAUGGGUUGCCAGAUAGGGUAUUCAGGAGGAAUUUGAUGGGGAGAGCAAAAGAUAUGGGAGGAUCAAGAAUAACCAACUUGGCUUUUGGAGGGAGCAAAAUGUUCUUGACAAGGAAGGAUCAGUAUUCUGUUGAGGUUUGGCAAAGUUCUUCAAGGGGAUUUUAGAUUUUUGAAAAUUGUUCAUAGCUUGAUUCAUUCAAUUGUAAAUGUCCAUGUAUUUUAUCCAAAAUUAUAUUGUGAUUAGAUCUAUCUAGCUUAUUGAUUUGAGAUCAACAAUUGCCUUUUUCCUCUGUUUUCUGAUUGCUAUAUAUGUGGAUAAUCAUCAAGGAGAAGGUGUUGCAUCUUAGUUUCCUGGUUCAUACAUUUCAGGCUUUGCAAUGAGCUAUGAUAUCAGGUAAUUUGGAAUGUUGAAGUUGAAUAAUUGCGAUUAUACUGUACCAUAAGGCGAAAUCAUUAUGAUUUCUGGGUUUUAUUCUAAGGACCACCAUUUUGUAGCAGUGGCUCUAUUUCCAGAAGCAAUAGCACCUAAGAAGUUGUCACUAUAA